AUGUCGCUUUUCAUUGAGAAAGACUCGCAGCCACAAUCUGCGGACGUAUUAGCGAAAGAUGGCACGCAAACAAGAUUCAGAGUGGAGAGUGCCGAGCAUCCUGACAGAUCCUCCACCGCAAAUGCACCUCGCCAGAAGUGGUAUCAGUGGUUUUCUCCUAGCGAUACGCCAGAAGAACGACGGUUGAUCUUGAAAUUGGACGCAUUAAUCAUGAUCUUUGUUUUUCUUGCAUACUGGGCGAAAGUUCUGGAUUCAUCUGCGACCAGUGCGGCGUACGUGAGCGGCAUGAGAGAAGACUUGAAACUGUUCGGGAAUGAGCUCAAUUACCUCAAUACUACUUAUAUGGUUGGAUACAUCACUUUCCAGAUACCACUAACUGUGCUUAUGACUCGCUUCUCAGCGCAGUACUUCAUUCCCGGCGCAGAUCUCAUAUGGGGGAUACUCACUCUCGCGCAGUAUAAAGUUACCAAUGUGCACCAGCUAUAUGCAAUUCGCUUCUUCGUCGGCGCCGCUGGUAGCCUGUUCUUCCCAGCUGUUCAAUGGUAUCUUGGCUGCUGGUAUAAACGCUCUGAGCUGAGCCGGCGAGGCUCCCUCUUCUUUAUCGCCAGUCAAAUUGGUAGUAUGAGCUCGGGAUACAUACAAAGCGGCGCAUACACGCAUCUUGAUGGUAGAUAUGGCAUUGAAGGGUGGCGCUGGCUGUAUAUCAUCUGCUUCUCUUGUACCAUCCCAAUUGCUCUUCUUAGACAUGAUAUUGAGCUAGCGAGAGAACGCAUGGCAGCGGAGAAUCGUGAGCCACGGAAACCAAUUACUUUAUCCGUCAUCAAAUCUGUCCUCACCGGCUGGCACUUUUGGGUUUUGGUAACUUUCGCCUUCUUUUUUUCACAGGCUGAUGGCGUUUCCUCUAACAGUGGGCUACCCCUGUGGCUUAAAGCUGAAGGAUACAGCGUGAAGGAUAUCAAUACGAUAACUACGGUAAUGCCUGCAGUGACCAUUGUGGCGUCAAUUAUCUGCGGAGUUUUCUCAGAUAUUUACGACGCCAAAGUUCUUCUAAUCGCCAUUACUGCACUUCUCAAUAUUUUUGCAGGCAUACUUUUGGCAAUUUGGAACAUUCCCAGUGGCCUCAAGUUCUUUGCCUUUUUCUUAUCAGGAUCCGCAGAUGGUAUAGCAGCCGUGAUAUACGCAUGGGCAAAUGAGAUUUGCUCCAGUAACGCAGAAGAGCGUGCGAUUGUGCUGAGCAGUAUGAAUACUAUUGGGAAUACAUUUGGCGCGUGGUUGCCACUGUUUGUCUGGAAGACCGUUGAUGCACCGCGAUAUCUUAUUGGGUAUAACUGGGCAAUUGCACUCGACGUGUGCAUGCUCGCCAUGUUAUUCGUGCUUCGGUCAUUUUGGAAUCAAGAAAAGAAGCGGUUACAAAAUUGA